GUCUGGUUCAUCUCCGCAGAGAAGCCCGCAGAGAGGAGGACGGUCAGGCCGAGGAAGACGAGCAUCCUGGAGAGAAGAAGAGGACACUCAGAGAUCAACGACCAACACGUUCUACUCUUCAUUGGAACUGCAAUACCCAGAAAUCCUCUGUGGUGACGUCACUAAUAGUGUGAACAUGUCAACCCCCAGACUCCCUUAUGAAAUCUCUCUAUUUAAUGAAAGUGUGUGUGAGAUGAGCAGCAUGAAUCAGUGUGAGGACAGAGAGGAGGGAGGCCCUCCCUCUAAAACCACUGGACCUGGACCUGGAUCUGGACCAGGACCUGGACCUGAGCCCAGCUGUGUGUCCUUCAAGAGUGACAAGUCAAAUGAACGUGACAUUAAUUUUAAAGGACACCCAGCUCCUGCUGUAAAGAGGAGACCAGCCUCUACUGGACCUGGACCAGGACCUGGACCAGGACCUGGAACAGGACCUGGACCAGGACCUGAGCCCAGCUGUGUGUCCUUCAAAAGUGACCGGUCAAAGGAGAUUAUUACUGAUUUUAAACUAGAACCUUCCUCAGACAGACAAGUCGACCAGGAGAGCUCAGAGGUUCCCAGAGGUCCGUCUGUCCAGCAGCAUCAGACACACCUGGACUCCAUAUUUAUGCUGCUGGAGGAGAACAUUGUCACUUUUGUGAAAAACGAGCUGAAGAAGAUCCAGAAAGUUCUGAGUUCAGAUUACCCAGAAUGCUCAGAGAGUCAGAGGGAGGAUGAGGAGGUGUUGGAUGGUGAGGAUGAAGAGCAGAGGAGGAGCAGCAGAGAGGCAUUUCUGAAGAUCACACUUCACUUCCUGAGGAGAAUGAAGCAGGAGGAGCUGGCUGACUGUCUGCAGAGCAAACAUCUUGCUGCAGUUUGUCGGCGUGAACUUAAAUCUAACCUUCAGAAAAAGUUCCAGUGUGUGUUUGAGGGGAUCGCUAAAGCAGGAAACCCAACCCUUCUGAAUCAGAUCUACACAGAGCUCUACAUCACAGAGGGAGGGACUGCAGAGGUCAAUGAUGAACAUGAGGUCAGACAGAUUGAAACAGCAUCCAGGAAACCACACAGACCAGAAACAACAGUCAGACAAGAAGACAUCUUUAAAGCCUCACCUGGAAGAGACGAACCAAUCAGAACAGUGAUGACAAAGGGAGUGGCUGGCAUCGGGAAAACAGUCUUAACACAGAAGUUCACUCUGGACUGGGCUGAAGACAAAGACAACCAGGACAUACAGUUCACAUUUCCAUUCACUUUCAGAGAGCUGAAUGUGCUGAGAGAGAAAAAGUUCAGCUUGGUGGAACUUGUUCAUCACUUCUUCACUGAAACCAAAGAAAUCUGCAGCUUUGAAGAGUUCCAGGUUGUGUUCAUCUUUGACGGUCUGGAUGAGUGUCGACUUCCUCUGGACUUCCACAACACUGAGAUCCUGACUGAUGUUAGAGAGUCCACCUCAGUGGAUGUGCUGCUGACAAACCUCAUCAGGGGGAAACUGCUUCCCUCUGCUCGCCUCUGGAUAACCACACGACCUGCAGCAGCCAAUCAGAUCCCUCCUGGGUGUGUUGACAUGGUGACAGAGGUCAGAGGGUUCACUGACCCACAGAAAGAGGAAUACUUCAGGAAGAGAUUCAGAGACGAGGAGCAGGCCAGCAGAAUCAUCUCCCACAUCAAGACAUCACGAAGCCUCCACAUCAUGUGCCACAUCCCAGUCUUCUGCUGGAUCACUGCUACAGUUCUGGAGGAUGUGUUGAAGACCAGAGAGGGAGGAGAGCUGCCCAAGACCCUGACUGAGAUGUACAUCCACUUCCUGGUGGUUCAGGUCAGAGUAAAGAAGGUCAAGUAUGAUGGAGGAGCUGAGACAGAUCCACACUGGACUCCAGAGAGCAGGAAGAUGAUUGAGUCUCUGGGAAAACUGGCUUUUGAUCAGCUGUUCAAAGGAAACCUGAUCUUCUAUGAAUCGGACCUGACAGAGUGUGGCAUCGAUAUCACAGCAGCCUCAGUGUACUCAGGAGUGUUCACACAGAUCUUUAAAGAGGAGAGAGGAUUGUACCAGGACAAGGUGUUCUGCUUCAUCCAUCUGAGUGUUCAGGAGUUUCUGGCUGCUCUUCAUGUCCAUCUGACAUUCAUCAACUCUGGAGUCAAUCUGCUGGCAGAAAUAGGGCAGUCAACAUCCUGGUGGUCUGACCUCUUUGGAGGCAAAUCAACACGUCUCUACCAGAGUGCUGUGGACGAGGCCUUACAGAGUCCAAAUGGACACCUGGACUUGUUCCUUCGUUUCCUCCUGGGUCUUUCACUGCAGACCAAUCAGACUCUCCUGCGAGGUCUGCAGACACGGACAGGAAGUAUCUCACAGACCAAUCAGGAAACAGUCAAGUACAUGAAGAAGAAGAUCAGUGAGAAUCUGUCUCCAGAGAGAAGCAUCAAUCUGUUCCACUGUCUGAAUGAACUGAACGAUCGUUCUCUAGUGGAGGAGAUCCAACAGUACCUGAGUUCAGGACGUCUCUCCACAGAUAAACUGUCUCCUGCUCAGUGGUCAGCUCUGGUCUUCAUCUUACUGUCAUCAGAAGAAGGUCUGGACGUGUUUGAACUUAAGAAAUACUCUGCUUCAGAGGAGGCUCUUCUGAGGCUGCUGCCAGUGGUCAAAGCCUCCGACAAAGCUCUACUGAGUGGCUGUAACCUCUCAGAGAGAAGCUGUGAAGCUCUGUCCUCAGUUCUCAGCUCCCAGUCCUCUAGUCUGAGAGAGCUGGACCUGAGUAACAACAACCUGCAGGAUUCAGGAGUGAAGCGACUUUCUGCUGAGCUGAAGAGUCCACACUGUGUCCUUGACACUCUCAGGCUGUCAGGCUGUCUGAUCACAGAGGAAGGCUGUACUUCUCUGGCCUCAGCUCUGGACUCCAACCCCUCCCAUCUGAGAGAGCUGGACCUGAGUAACAACAACCUGCAGGAUUCAGGAGUGAAGCGACUUUCUGCUGAACUGAAGAGUCCACACUGUGUCCUUGAAACUCUCAGGCUGUCAGGCUGUCUGAUCACAGAGGAAGGCUGUACUUCUCUGGCCUCAGCUCUGGACUCCAACCCCUCCCAUCUGAGAGAGCUGGACCUGAGUAACAACAACCUGCAGGAUUCAGGAGUGAAGCGACUUUCUGCUGAACUGAAGAGUCCACACUGUGUCCUUGAAACUCUCAGGCUGUCAGGCUGUCUGAUCACAGAGGAAGGCUGUACUUCUCUGGCCUCAGCUCUGGACUCCAACCCCUCCCAUCUGAGAGAGCUGGACCUGACCUACAAUCAUCCGGGAGACUCAGGAGUGAAGCAGCUGUCUGCACAACUGGAGGAUCCAGGCUGGAGACUGGACACUCUCAGACUGAAUUGCUGUAACCUAUCAGAGAGAAGCUGUGAAGCUCUGUCCUCAGUUCUCAGCUCCCAGUCCUCUAGUCUGAGAGAGCUGGACCUGAGUAACAACAACCUGCAGGAUUCAGGAGUGAAGCUGCUGUUACCUGGACUGGAGAGUCCAGACUGCAAUCUGGAAAGUUUGAGGCUGAGUUACUGUAACCUCUCAGAGAGAAGCUGUGAAGCUCUGUCCUCAGUUCUCAGCUCUCAGUCCUCUAGUCUGAGAGAGCUGGACCUGAGUAACAACAACCUGCAGGAUUCAGGAGUGAAGCUACUUUCUGCUGAACUAAAGAGUCCACACUGUGCCCUUGAAACUCUCAGGCUGUCAGGCUGUCUGAUCACAGAGGAAGGCUGUACUUCUCUGGCCUCAGCUCUGGACUCCAACCCCUCCCAUCUGAGAGAGCUGGACCUGAGCUACAAUCAUCCAGGAGACUCAGGAGUGAAGCAGCUGUCUGCUCGACUGAAGGAUCCAGGCUGGAGACUGGACACUCUCAGGGUGGAGCCUGCUGGAGUCCGAUGGUUGACACCAGGUCUGAGGAAGUAUUCCUGUGAGCUCACAGUCGACACAAACACAGUCAGCAGAAAGAUCAAACUGUCUGACAACAACAGGAAGAUGACGUGUGUGAAGGAGGAUCAGUCAUAUCCUGAUCAUCCAGAGAGGUUUGAGUCCUGGUGGCCUCAGCUUCUGUGUAGAACUGGUCUGACUGGUCGCUGUUACUGGGAGGUCGAGUGGAGAGGAAGAGUUUCUAUAUCAGUGAGUUACAGAAGAAUCAGAAGGAAAGGAGAUAGAGAUGACUGUGUGUUUGGAUGGAAUGAUCAGUCCUGGAGUCUGUGGUGCUCUGAUGAUGGUCGUUACUCUGUCUGUCACAAUAACAGACACACACUCCUCUCCUCCUCCUCCUCCUCCUCCUCCUCCUCCUCCUCCUCCUCCUCCUCCUCUGGUAGAGUAGCAGUGUAUGUGGACUGUCCUGCUGGCACUCUGUCCUUCUACAUAGUCUCCUCUGACUCACUGAUCCUCCUCCACACCUUCAACACCACAUUCACUGAACCUCUUUAUCCUGGAUUUGGGUUCUUGUGGUUCAGUUCUGGUUCCUCCUCAGUGAGUCUGUGUGGUGUUUAGUGUGCAGAGUCUCCUCCUGUCACAGAAACAUUGUCAGUGCUGAACAGUUGAGUCUGUACAGGAUCACAGUCACAUCAAUCUUUCAGCUUCUUGUAAUAAAUUCAUCAUCAACUUUGUACAAAAUGAUUCAAACUGAUUGAAAAGAUUCUUCUGCAAAGUUGUAAAUGGACAGUAAAAUCUGAUCAAAUGUACUCGACACUCCACCUGAAACACUCUGACUUGUUUCAUGUGUUUCUAAUGAUGAAACUAAAAGUUUGAUGGUGUUGGUUAACACAUGUAAUUAUGUCCGUAGUGACAGAGUCAUAAACUGCACAACAUCUCUUCA